UUUUCUUUGCAGAUCUUAUAUUGUACUUCAAACACACCUAAAGUUGACAUGGAAAGACUGAUAGGAGGACAAAUAGGACUGAAUGAUUUCAUCUUUGCCCACGUGAGAGGACCCAGAAAAGAAGUGGUCGUGUGUAAAUCCAAAGAUACACUUGGUAUCACCAUUACAGAUAAUGGUGCUGGCUAUGCUUUUAUAAAGAGAAUUAGAGAUGGUGGCGUUAUCGACUCAGUCCAAACCAUUUGUGUGGGGGAUCAUAUUGAAUCUAUAAAUGGAGAAAGUGUUGUUGGCUGGCGUCACUAUGCUGUUGCUCAGAAGUUAAAGGAAUUGAAAAAAGGGGAACAGUUUACCAUGACGUUAAUAGAACCUAAGAAGGCAUUUGAAAUAGAGUCGAGGUCAAAAGCUGGAAAGUCAUUAGCAGAAAAGUUGCCAGAAGGAGGAAAAGUUACUAGAAGAGAAACUCUUCGCCUGAGGUCAAAAGGACCUGCAAACGUAGAAGAAAUGCCUUCUGGAGCCAAAGCAAAGGCAAUUGAAAAGAUCGAUGACGUUCUUGAAUCGUACAUGGGAAUUCGAGAUGCUGACUUAGCUACUGAAAUGUUUGAAGCUGGAAAGGACAAAAGUACUUCAGAAGAACUUGGCACAGAACUCAACAAAAUUCUUGGAGACUCUGUAUUCCCAGAAGAUGUUGUCAUUUAUGUUUGGAAAGUCAUUGGUGAUGCCAGACAAGGAUGACUAUGGUGACCCCCCUCUGAAGAAA